GCUACUCAACUGUUGUGGGAUUCUAUUUAUCUCAAUUCCUUGGGACCUGAGCAUUCAUUCAUUUCACAUUCAUAGUAGACCCUAUUCUCCACUCACUCUGCUCCAUUGGCCUCCCCAGAAUACAAUUCCAUUUUCUUCCAUUCUCUUUUCUUUCCGGGUUGCUUUAUGGGUCCUUUUCACGAUUCCGGCCGUUUUGUCAUUCUACUUACACUAAAUCAUUAUUAUUAUUAUGUGGAUGGUGAUGAUUGUAUCAUCCCAACCCCUUUUAUCCCCAUUUAUACUUCCUGAUAAUUUGUAUUUGCAAUUUCAAGCUUCAUUAUCCAUGCCUAAGCCAGAAUUGCUAAAGAUAAAAUUAUCACUAGGUGAUAGAGAAUGUGCCAUACUGCCAUGUACAAGACAUUCUCUUUCUGGAAGUUUUCCUUGAAUCAAUCAGUUCACCUGCUUAUGCUCAUGGUUUUCUCCACGAGUUGUCAUUCAUUCGCUAAGCCUAAAGUCGAAGGUGAAGCUCUGAUAGAACUUCUUAAAGCUCUGAAUGAUUCCAAUGGUAAAGUCAUCGAUUGGAAUAACGAUUUUGUGAGCCCUUGCUUCAGUUGGUCUCAUGUCACAUGCAAAAAUGGAAAUGUUAUAUCCCUGAGCCUAUCUGCAAAUGGAUUUUCAGGAACACUUUCACCAUCAAUAACCAAAUUGAAAUUUUUGGUUAGCCUGGAUUUGCACGACAAUAAUCUAUCAGGUGUGUUGCCUGAUUAUCUUGGUGGUAUGUUGAAUCUACAAAACCUGAAUCUGGCAAACAAUAAAUUCAGUGGCUCUAUUCCACAAGCUUGGGAUAGCCUUUCAAGUCUUAAGAAUCUGGAUCUCUCUUCCAAUGAUCUGGUUGGAGGUGUUCCGUUGAAGCUGUUUUCAGUACCAAUAUACAAUUUUUCGAAUACCCAACUUAGAUGUGGCAAUGGUUCCCAUCAACCUUGUGCCUCAAGCUCCUCUGUCCCAGUUACCCCUGGAAAAUCAAAGCUUGCGAUUGUUAUUAUCGGUGCAAGCUGUUGUGCUUUCAUUCUGCUCCUACUUGGGGCUAUAUUCAUAUGUCGAUACAAUCUCUUUUGUAGGGCCGAAAGAGACAUUUUUGUUGAUGUGCAAGGUGAAGAUGAGCGCAAAUUCUCCUAUGGUCAGAUAAGAAGAUUUUCUUGGCGUGAAAUACAAAUUGCAACUGAAGAUUUCAAAGAGGGCAACAUCAUAGGGAAAGGGGGCUUUGGUAAAGUCUACAAAGGUCUUCUGUCAGACAAGACAAAAGUUGCUGUCAAACGACUGGAGAAUUACAACAGUCCCGGGGGAGAGGCGGCAUUUUUAAGAGAAAUCCAGUUGAUAAGUGUUGCAGUUCAUCGAAAUCUCCUCCGCUUAAUCGGUUUCUGCACAACCCCAUCUGAGAGAGUUCUUGUUUAUCCCUUUAUGCAGAAUCUGUCUGUUGCUUAUCGUUUAAGAGAAGUGAGACCAGGGGAGGAAGGCCUGGAGUGGCCAGCAAGAAAACACAUAGCUUUUGGAGCAGCGCGUGGACUAGAGUACCUACACAAACAUUGCAACCCAAAGAUCAUACAUAGAGAUCUAAAGGCAGCAAAUAUCCUCCUAGAUGAUAAUUUUGAGCCCGUACUUGGAGAUUUUGGGUUAGCAAAACUUGUUGAUACAAAAUUGACACAUGUGACUACUCAAGUCCGCGGAACAAUGGGACACAUUGCCCCAGAGUACUUGACUACCGGAAAAUCAUCAGAGAAAACAGAUGUUUUUGGAUAUGGCAUCACACUUCUAGAGCUUGUAACAGGAAAACGUGCUAUUGAUUUUUCUCGUCUGGAAGAUGAGGAAGAUGUUUUACUACUGGAUCAUUCAGGCCCGUGCAUGUGCAGGUCUUGGUUCUGUCAAUUAUCAUAUGCGCCUCCAAGUGAUUGCACAUCUGUUUCUGGUUCAGUGAUUUCCCACAUGUUUGUAAAUCCUUCAGGUCAAAAACUUAUUGAGAGAGAAAAGGCUGAAUGACAUUAUGGACCCAAACCUGAAAAACUAUGAUGUAAAAGAAGUAGAGAUCAUCCUUCAAGUUGCUUUGCUAUGCACUCAAACAUCGCCUGAAGAUCGUCCAAGAAUGACUGAAGUCAUAAGCAUGCUUCAGGGUGUGGGGCUGACUGCGAGAUGGGCAGAGUGGGAGCAGCUCGACGAAGUAAGGAAUCAUGAGUUUACCAAUGUUGGCCACAAAUUUUUGUGGGGUGAAGAUUCUACAUAUGAUCAAGAAGCUGUACAGUUGUCUGAACCCAGAUAAGGAGCUGAAAGAAUCAAGUUAAAUCAAUGAUGCUUUGGUGUCUGUAGAUUUUACAUCACUAUAGCAUAACUUCUUGCGCAACAUAAUGUGUAACAUAGUAUUUUCUUUCUUAUACUCCAUAUAUUGUUAUAUUUUGGUUGAGUCCUCUCGAGUCUCGUCUAUUAACUUAUGCAUCCUUCAUUCAGUCCUAUAGCAAACUGAUACUUCAAACUCGUGACCUGGAAAUAUGUAGGCUUCUUCAUGGAGAUAAGCCCUGGAAUUUUUGCACGUGCUCACUUCAUGAGCAAUCUCACAUUCUCACUUCAUGUUUUCAUCAA